AUGGCUGCCCAUGACUUAGUCUGCGGAGGGGUAAGGCGUAGGAUUGGAGAUGGUAGAUCCACACUCAUAUGGGGGCACCCAUGGCUUCCGGAUAAUCCAACUCCAAUGGUUCAAACACCCAUGCCUAUUCAUCUUAAUGGGACAUGCGUGUCUAGUUUGAUUGAUACAGGAACCAACUCUUGGAAUAUCCCCCUACUUAAUGACAUUUUCACUGUUGAGGACGCACUACGCAUCAGUAGAAUUCCUAUCUCCCCAGGUUAUGAGGACUCAUGGUAUUGGCAGGGAGACCCCAAGGGGUGCUAUACGGUAAAAUGUGGUUACAAGGCAGCUCUGGGGGAAUAUUCAGCUUCGGAGGACCAUAUUCGUGUGAUCGUGGCUGCACUCUACCACCUUUGGAAGGCACGAAACACGGCAGUGUGGGAUGCUUAUCUGCUGCGGCCGGCAAAAGUCCUCUCUACGGCUGUUGUUGCAUUACACGCUUGGAAGGAAGUCCACGACAAGCACCAGCCAACUGCUGGGAAUACACUGCCACCCCCGGCAGAUCAGACGCAGACGAUGGUCCCAAAAUGCUACUUCGACGCUGGUUUCUGCUCCGCAACUCACAAGGCGUCCUUUGGCGCCGUCCUUAUUUCACCAGCAGGGAGUUCAUCGCAGCAUGUGCAGGUCCAUUAUCGAGCUGCUUGA